AACUGUUUUAACUGCUUCUGUUAUCAGGUUGUGGGCUUUUUGCUGUUGGUCUAUCUUUUCUUCAAUUUGAGCUGUGCGUAUGCCUAGGUUUUGCAUUUCUUUUUGUAUGUUGUCAAGAGCAUUCUGGAAAGUAGUAGAGAGAGACAUGUGUAGUUCUGAUAGCAUUUGUCGCAUAAUUGCUACAGUAACAGGGAGUGAAGUAUCUGUCGCCUCAGUAGAGGGGGUAUCUUCCCUUAUAUAUGUUGGUGAAAGAUUCUGUAUAUUAGGUAGCUGAGUAGGAGACUGUAUGGGAGAUGGGGUGUUAAACAGCAAACUUCCUUUCACUGUUGCCCUGGCUGCUGGACUAAAAGCAAUUGGUGCAGACAGACAUGCCAAUGAAGGGAUUCCCAGAGCCUUAUUAUAAGUGUUUUGUAAGUUUGGAUAAGUGUUAUUGAGUUUAUUGGCUGCUGUGAGACCUUCUCUUGUCUUGUGCUAAUAUCAUCUCCUUUUUUUAUCAUUAUCACUCUCCUUAGCAAAACAGGGGUCUUGGCUCCCCCCACCUCCCUUACAGUUUUCUGUACCUGUUAACUUGUGGCAUACUCCUAUGUCGCUCCCCUCAUCCCCUGCCUCAACUGCCCCAGUCAGCUUCUUUUUAUUCCCAUCCGGUUAUCUUUGCUCUUUCUGCUCACAGGAUCCUUCUCCAGCGGCGUCUGCGCUUGCAGCGCCCGCUUCCUGCUUCCGGGUCACGUGCGCUCCUCUGGACUCUGCCUCCUGCGUCGUCACAGUGCGUCUGUCUCCGGGGCCGAGGAUGGGAAUCCCCGAUCUGGCCGGAGCACUGUUAGCUCGGGAUCCCUUCCCAGCCUCACGGGUUAGUGCCAUCGGUGAUGCUCCCCGCUGCCGCUGCGCUGUCGUCCCCGCUCCUUCACUCGGAACUCCAGAGCAGCCUCUCCGCCCAGCAGUUCUAACAUCCAAUGUAUUGAAUGGAAAUAUUUUUGGCACACAUUAUAUUCCUGAUAUGGCGUCACCAAAACCAUGAACCCCUGGCUAUAAAUAAAGAAUGUCCCAUCAAUCCCUUCCAUACUCACAACACUAUCGAGAUGAAGGUCCUCAUUGUCCUCGUACUGUCCGCCAUUACCACCGGCGGCUGGGUAAUAGACCGAUGCAGUGUGGUGCGGGCAGUAAGGAGCAGUGGUAUUGCCGGCUAUAAGGGAUACACUGAGGGGGACUAUGUGUGCCUAGUUCGGUAUGCUAGUAACUAUGAGACGUCAUUGAACAGAAGUCCUACUGAGUAUGGCGCAUUCCAGAUCAACAGUUACUUUUGGUGCGAUGACUAUAAAACUCCUGGCCACAGAAAUGCAUGUGGAAUAUCAUGUGCAGCUUUACUGGACACCAACCUGGCUGAUGACCUGAGAUGUGUUAAAAGAAUUGUGCAGGAUCCCAAUGGACUUGAUGCCUGGCAGGCUUGGACACGGAAUUGUAAAGGACGUGACAAUAGUUACUUCACGGUCGGAUGUUAAUCGCCCAUUCAACUUCACAUGCAAAUCAACAGUCUUUAAUAUUUUGCUUAAAGGGGUACUCCACUGGCCAGUGUUCCGAACGCUGUGUGCGCACUGCGGGGGUCGGCCACACUCCCUCGUGAUGUCACAUCACGCCCCCUCAGUGCAAGACUAUGGGAGGGGGCGUGGAGUACUAGUGGAGUACCCCUUUAAAGUAUCAGCUGAUCAUCAAACAUUUUACAAGGUCGAUUUAGAUAUCAUCUACAUCAGUAUUCCCCAAGCACUGUCCUCAAGUACCCUCACACACACAAAAUGAAUAACCAGUCCUGAAAAAAAAUGGUGCUUUUGGAUGAAUUCCUCUAAUAAACAUGGAAACCUUUACUCUCAGAUAAGGUACAGACAUCUUAAAUAGAAAUCUCCCAGCAAUAGUCCCACUUACAAGUGAAAACCAGCACAAUGUCAGAUAAAAUCUAUGAACAGUAUAUCCUGACUAAAAAAAAAAAAAAAAAAAAAAAGAUCAAGUGGCACAUCCACUUAUACUCAUAGAUGACAAGAUUGAGAAACAUGAUCCAGCUAAUACAUUUCAGAUCAGUGAGGUCUUUACUCGUGAUAUAGAAACAAUGGGGG